AUGGUGAAGAAUAAUAAUGUGGCUAGUGGAUCACGAGUUCCGGCUGUAUGGAAUAAUCAGAAUACAACUAUAUUUUGUGACCUGUGUAUCAAGGAGGUGGAGGCGGGUAAUCGUCCUGGUACUCACUUUAAGAAAGAAGGAUGGGAAAAUGUGAGGAUUAGCAUGAAAACUGGUCUUGGGUGGAAUUCCAAACUUGGGACUAUUGAUGCUUCUGACGAAUGGUGGCAUAACAAAAUUGAGAUAAAUCCCAAAUAUGCAAAAUUACGUAGAAAGGGUAUUAGUCCUGAUAUGGAAGAGAAGUUUGAUAGAAUGUUCAUGAACACCACCUCCACUGGUGACCAUGCUUGGGCACCUUCAUCUGGUGUACUUCCAACUCAUGAUUCAUCCGAAUGUGAUGGUAUUCUACUUGACAGUUGUGAUGAUUCUAGUGAUCCCGCAUACGUACCAGAUGAAACAAUUCAAGCCUAG